AUGGCGAACUCUCAAGAGCAGAGCUUAGAUGAAAAUGCAGUAUUCCUGCCGGUGACUGAGACCUCCCCAGAAUUCCUUUACUCAGAGACAGAGCGCCAAUCUGUGGAGAGACUCCUGAGUUUUGGCCCUGAGGCCUUCUACAGCUCCAUUGGCACAGAGCACUCUGGUUGCUUCUUGUCUCCUGAGGAGGUCAGCCAGAUAACCAGCUGGGCUCAGGACUAUCGCUGUAGUCAGCUACAGGUGCAACAGGAAGAGAAAGGAGAGGACAGCAACUCAGCGAUGGGGGACUUCUCUUCCACCUACUUCCCUUCCUACUCGGACACACCACCCCCAAGUUUGGAGUUGGGCUGGCCUGAAAAAAGCUCUUGGGUGCCAACAGGAAACAUUAAAGUCCACACCAGUCCUCCUGCUGAAGGGCAACCACCUGUCAGAGAGAUCAUCAGACAGCAUUUGCAAAAGGCCAACCAAGUAAUUGCCAUUGUGACAGACAGACUGACUGAUGGUGCAGUAAUUGGUGAUUUACACAGUGCUGCCUCCCGGGGUGUCCCGGUUUACAUAAUCCUGAACGAAAAGACCAUUCAGGAGAACUUCAUGCUCAACAGGUUCAGGCAUCCGAAUAUGCGGGUCCGUGUUCUUGGAGGUAAAACUUUCUGUUCGAGGGAGGGAAGAAUGGUGGUCGGGGAACUAAAAGACAAGUUCCUUCUGGUGGAUUUAGAGACAGUGAUUCAUGGCAGCUACAGCCUCACAUGGACAGAUGCGCACCUGCACCGGCAAAUAAUCACUGUUCUAAGCGGCCCAGUUGUAGACUCUUUUGAUAAGGAGUUCAGGAUCCUUUUUGCCGCUUCACUCCCUGUCCCAGACACAAGGAGGGCUGCUGGUACACGUGCAGAUAUGGUUCAUCAGCUAAAAGACUUCCCAGAUCUCAGGUACCAAAAGCAUUUCUCAUUGGGGCAUGAGAUUGCCAGCCCUUCAUCCCCACCUGCUGAUUCCUUGCUGGACUGGGAAGCCAUGGGUGUUAUCCGGAGAGACUCCUAUACAGACCAUCCUCUUGAUCACCAUGAGGAGAUUGUGAGAGAGAAAAUGCCGGAGAACAACAUGCUGUUUAAUAGAAAGACACCUAUUGUAGAUGGUUUGACUCACAAUGGAGACCAAUUUAUGCCUAAAAGAAGGUUGGAACACAAAAUAGAGCAAGCCGUGUCCAGACAACUCUCCAAAGAGAAAGACACGAAUGCAGGUGAAAGACAAACAACAAGACUUGAUGACAAAGAAAGAGAGCCAACACAAAAUAUAUUCAUGCUUUCCUCUACUAAGAGAAAAGAGCCUUUAUCGAGGGAGCCUAUUUUGGUGAAGUCCAGCAUGGAUGUAACUAACUCCAAGGUGGACAACAUACCAUCUUCUAGGUGUUUUGACCCGGGUCACAUGACACCUGCUUUUGCCCUGAUGAAGAAAAGGAAUGAUGAAAUCAAAUCUGUGUUGUACAGAACUCCAACAUCCUUCCAACCUAGAGAGAGGCCUCGAAGCUCCUCUUAUACACUCAGUAUGGACUGGAGGAGGUCACUGGCAGAAAGGGAAGGACAACAUGAAUGA